ACUUUUCACGUUCGCAUUACAUUUUCCCGGAAAUUUCAAUCAUUUUCUCCCUUCCCUUCCCUGCCCCUUCCAAUUCUUCUUCUCAGAAUUAAGAAUCUCCCCUCGUAUCUCUCUCUCUUCCCGCGGAUCGAAAUCCAUCUCCAUCUCCGACUUCUUCUCCCUCCCCACCUUCCUAUCUCCAAGUUAAGAAUCAAAGAGAUACAACGUAAUCGGCAGUAAUCGGCGAUCACACCUUCUGUUGUUUGCCGCCGCGGCCUGCUUAUUGGACCGAGCUAUGCUUCACAGGAGCUUCAAACCGGCAAAAUGCAAGACGUCAUUGAAGAUGGCGUCUUCCCGCAUCAAGCUGCUGAGGAACAAGAGAGAAGUGCAGUUGAGGCAGUUGAAGAGAGAAGUUGCUCAAUUGCUCGCCGCCGGCAACUACCGGACUGCCAGGAUCCGAGUGGAACAUGUAGUCAGGGAAGAGAAGACAGUGGCGGCUUAUGAUCUUAUUGAGAUAUACUGCGAGCUGAUUGUUGCCCGUUUGUCCAUGAUUGAGUCACAAAAGUAUGUAUUCCUUCUGUGUAAUUCCAGAAACUAACUCUGCCCAGUUGACUUGAAGGAAGCAGUCUCUAGUGUUGUUUUUGCAUCCCCUAGAUGUGCAGACUUGCCGGAGUUGGCAGAUGUUAAAAAGCAUUUUAAAGCAAAAUAUGGAAAGGAAUUUGUUUCUGCUGCAGUUGAAUUACAUCCAAACUGUGGGGUGAGCCGCUUGCUCGUGGAGAAACUGUCUGCAAAAGCACCUGAUGGCCCUGAAAAGAUGAAAAUCUUGAGUGCAAUUGCCGAGGAACAAAAUGUUAAAUGGGAUCCCAAAUUGUUUGAGGACGUUGUCAAGCCUCAUGAGGACUUGCUUAACGGACCUGCUACAUUUCAACCAGCUAGCACAGUGCAUGCCCAAACUCAUAAUGUAGACCCACCUCAGAAUUUCAACAGGAGUCAGGUUUCUUCCCAUGGAAAGCAUGAUACAAGCACAACCUCAUAUGCGCCUGACUACCAAACAUCUUCUCAUUUGCAAUCGCCUAGGGCUGAUGAUUUCGGUUCAAGUGAGGCAAUGCCAUCUGUUUUCGUUAACCCAGAGCAGGGGACUCCUCCAGGUACAGGACCUGAAGCUGUGGAAUAUAGACAUUCAUAUGCUAGGUCAGGGGAAUUGUUUUCUUCUGGGAGCCACCAGCAUUGGAAUACAGAGUUCAAGGAUGCCACGGCUGCUGCGCAGGCAGCUGCUGAGUCUGCAGAACGAGCAAGCAUGGCUGCUAGAGCUGCUGCUGAACUCUCAAUUCGUGAUAACUUGAACAGGCGUCAGUCGAGAGAUGAAUCACAUUUGGCUUCUGGGUUUUCACAUAGAGAGGAUGAACGGCAGCAUCAUACUACUGGCUCUAGGUUACAAGGUCAGAGGUCUUCCAAGGAUCCGGUGAAGAAUACAUCCAAAAUUAACUCUCGUGUGAACCAUGAGCAGCAGACUGAUGACACUGAAGAAGAUGUCCUAGCUGCUUUGAAUGAAAGGUUUUAUAAUCUUAAGGGCCGGUUGGCUGCUACCUCGGAUUCCGAUGAUCCUCCUGAAGUUGUUCCUUCUCUGUCUUUGAGUAACAGGCAACCAGUAGAGAGGCAUUCCCGAACGAGCUCGUCUGAUUCAGAGAAGAGCGACGUUUCAAGUGAUAGAAAUAUGAGAAGAGCGCCCAGUGAACAUGAGGGGGACAGUAUUGGUGGCAACAUGAAUGGUGGAGUAAAUCCUGAAAGUUUUGAUUAUUUCGAUGAAUCAAGGGUCGAGCACCAGGCUAGUGUUCUUCGUACUCAUCCCCAUACAGAAAUUCCAAGUUUCGAUGAUAAUUCAACCUCAACUUGGGACUUUCAUAAGUCAAGUGAAGAUGCUACUUCUGAGGAUCUUUUUGUCAUUGGACAAGCAAGAAGCCGAGUAAAUACCCAGGAAAGUUCAUCUGAUGUUGCCACUGCAGUAUUCGAUGAUUAUGGCUCUGAUGAUGACGAGGCAUAUAAUUUGCAUGCUGAGGAUGAACUUAAUGCCCAACGAUCCAAUAUGGCCUCUCAUUUUUCUUCACGGACAAAUGCAUGGAGCUCUGGGCAGAAGAUCUUGUCUCCAAGGAAGUCAAGUUCUUCAUCUCUCUUUGCCACUGAGAGGAACCCUAGUUUUGUAGCUUCGGAGGGUUUAACUAACAAUGUAGUUCCAUCCAAACAGGACGAUUUGUUACCAGUGACCUUUGAUGACUCGGAUGGCCCGAGUUCUGAAAAUGAAGAGGAUGGUAGUAUUUCAUCUCAAGUCCAUUCCAGAAACCCGGACGAUCAUCACCUCAAUGACAGUUCAUCCUUGAUGGGAUCAUCAUCGCUUGCUGAAAAUGAGAAUUUAGGGUACAAUAAUAGACAGACUUCGCUACGUCCAUCUUCAGCCAACUCCCAUGAAGGACAAAUGCAUCAUCAGAAUAUCCAGGGAGUUGGAGCUGAUGUUAUAAAAGCUGACGAUGGGCAGUUUGGCCACCCCAAUCCUUCUAGCAGCUCUGCACAAUCUAGAUCCAAUUCAAGUGAUGUGAAUGAGAAGUUUCAAACACCAGGACUUCCUCCUUCCGCUGGAGAUAAUGAUAGUGAUGAUGAAAGUGGAUCUGGUUCUGAAGGUGGUAAGGAGUUGAACUUUGGAUUCCUGGCUGGCGGGCUUCGAAACAAAGGCUAUAAACACCCACCUUAUCUUAAAAAUCCUGCUAUCCAAAAUCCUUCACCAUCCAAACAAGCUGUUGAAGAAGAUACUUCUACUAGAAAUAUUCAAGACACAUCCAGUCAGGUACCUCACCAAGAAGCAAGUAGAAGAAGAACAAGCUCAAGAACUCAAGCUAGAUCAUAUAAUUUCAGUGAUGGUGAUUCAGUCAAGGACCCACCUUCGCAACAGAAAUUUAACAGUAGUGAAGAAGGCCAACAUAGUAACCAGAACUCAGGAGUAGUUGAAGUGAACAAAGUAUCCGGGUCUCGAAGAACCUUCUUCGAUUCAGAUGAUAGUGAUACCGAAAUGGAACUUCCUAAACAGAAAUCAGCCGCAGGGAAAUCUGUUGCAGGUCAGGCAUUUUCCAGGCGUACUAAAGCUGCUGCUGCUUCUGAUAAUAGGAGUUCCCAUCCAAAGAACAAGAGCUCAUCACAGUCUUCAGGAAAUGUCGACUACGUUGCCCCCACUUGUCAAAGUCCUCCAACAUCUAACUCAAAGCCUUCAACAUUCCGGUCGAGUUCAGAAUCGCCAGUAUCCUCUGGGAAGAACAGCGUUAGACCAUCUGUCACAAAACAAACAUCAAAUCCUGCUGCUCCUAAAACAGUUCCUCCAGGAAACAAGGAAAGUAGUGCAAAGGCUUCUGGGUCAGCUGUGGAUCCCCCAUCCAGAGAAGAUUCCAUCAACAGAGCAAGUCACGUCCACCCUAAACUACCCGACUACGAUACUUUUGCAGCACACCUACUGUCUCUUCGCCAGGAUCGCCAGUAAAAACUUACGUGCCAAGUUAUUCAUUUAUCCCACACAUAAAAGGAUUUACUCUUUCCCAAACGUUAUUCUUUCCGAUUACUUGAUUGUUUCGUAUAUGGCGGAUACAGAUAAAUCGUGCUUUUUAUGUCCUUUACAUCUUGCUGUAAAUUCCCCACUGUAAUUUUAAUUUUACAAAACGUUUUUGUUAGUUUGCAUAAAGUGAGGCAAUAUUCAUAUGUAGUGGAUAGAUUGAGAAUAUAAUUGUUUGUGGAGAAUGGAGGUGAUGAAUAAAGUGAAGUCAUAUUUCAUGCUUCCCAUGUUAUGAUGAUGUCUUAUCUACGUCAAACUGCCUAUCAGUUUGUACCAAAGAAAAAACCUGGGAAGUACAUGAAACCAGAAAAGGGCGGAUCUGCUUUUGUCAACUGCUUGCUGGUCAUGGAAUCUGUG